AUGCAAUCGUUCAAGGCAGUCUUCUUCAAGCCGGAUCCCCAGGAACAAAAACGAAAAUGCGACAGUAUCAUCCGGAAAAACGUGCGUGCCUUGGACCGGGAUAUCACCAACCUCAAAGUCACAGAACAGAAGACGAGGACUCUUAUACUGAAUGCUGCGAAGCGUGGACAAAAAAACCCUUCGCAGGCGAAACAAGGCGCCGACGAAGCACGAAUCUUUGCCAGAGAGUUGAUCAAGGUACGGAAGCAAUCGGCAAGGCUGCAUACCAGUAAAGCACAACUGCAAAGCGUGCAAAUGCAAGUGAACGAGGCAUUUUCGGUCCGGAAGAUCGAAGGCAGUUUAAAAGCGAGCACUCGCAUAAUGAAAGAUGUGAAUACAUUGAUCAGGUUACCGGAGUUGACCGGCACCAUGCAAGAGCUGAGCCAGGAGUUAAUGAAGGCCGGCAUCAUUGAAGAGAUGGUCGGCGAUGCUCUACCCAACGAUGAGCUACUGGAGGGGGAGGACGAAGAAGCAGAGACAGAAGUUGACAAGGUACUAGGUGAGGUGUUGAAGGGAAAGUUGAGCACACCAGAACAGCAAGUACCGCAACUCCCGGUAGAAGCAGAGGAGGAAGAACCGGAGGAGGACAGAGAGGCAGAGUUGGAGCAGAUGCGAGGGAGACUCGAGGCCUUGAAGAGCUGA